UGCGUGCAGAGCGACCGCAAGACCAUAAAACGCAACACUACAACCUCGAUAUCGGUAUAGCCAUCAUCCCUUUGAGACACCACCUACGAAUACUAUGAGCUCUGGGAACACUCAACCACUGCGGAAACCCUCCUACGACGGUGACGAUAUUAGUGCACGCAAGAAGAAGUGCCUGGAUACACUCGGCGUGAGCGUUCACCACUUGGCGCAUUUCUUUAUGAAGAAAGAGGUUUGCGCUGCACGCACCACCCGGCGAAAACCCUUUGCUGGCCUCGUUUUGGGAAAAGACGCUGCCACAACAGGAACCCCACUCUCCAGAGAUUCCAAAAUCUACCAAAUUGAGAAUCUACAACGUCCCCCGGGUGUCAUUCGAAUGCAGAGUGCUGACACGAUUUGUCCGAUUGAUGGCAGGAAGGGUUCUGCCUAUGUUCAUUCUCUGAAAGGCAAAGACCAUGUUGGAGAGGCAACUCAUAUGCUCAGCUAUUCCUGGGACUACACGAUUGGAGACAUUGUGGAUACCCUUUCUGAUUUUUGCCUCCAGAAAAAACUCAAUCCAAAGAGAACUUACAUCUGGAUAUGCUGUUUAUGCGUCAAUCAACACAGGGUGGUAGAAAAAUCCAAGUCAGGUGUGCUGGUCCCCACCCAUGAAUUCUUUGAUAUCUUUGGACACCGAGUCAAAAAGAUUGGACAUGUGUUGGCCAUGAUGGCUCCAUGGAAAGCACCCAUCUACAUCACUCGAGUCUGGUGUAUUUUUGAGAUCUUUACAGCUCACACCACAGAUGGGUGCAAGGUGGAUAUUGUCAUGCCACCCAAGGAGAAACACUCUUUGGAGCAGGAUGUUAUCAGCAGUGGAGGAGGCAUCAAUGCUCUCUAUGAGACACUUGGCAACACAAAAGUUGAAAAUGCCAAGGCAUCUGUGGAGAGUGAUAGGAUGGCUAUUUUGAGAAAAGUAAGGGGGGAUGAGGGGUUUACUGCAUAUUCAGUUCUCAACAAUCAAGUGAACGACUUAUUACGUGGGUGGAUGCAUGGUGUCCUUACACAGUUGGUGGAGACACGAGAAAAUACCAACAAUGAAGACUAUGUGGAAUUUUGCAACAAAAUUGGUGUCAUUCUUAUGAAUAAUGGUGAGCUUGAUUCUGCCAUGAAGCUCCUCCGGGCAGCUCUGACAAUCUGUGAAACCUCACUGGGCAAGAAUCACCGGAACACUGGUGACACCUGCAGCAACAUUGCUUCAGUGUUGGAUAAUAUGGGUGAUCAUGAAGGUGCUCUGGCAAAGUUUCAGCAAGCCCUUGACAUUUACUUGUCUAUGUUGGAGAGCAAUACGAACGGUUCUGCUGUGGAAACCCAUUCUGCUGUGGCGACCACGCAUGACAAUAUCGGUUGUGUACUACAGAAAAUGGGCAACGCUGACGGAGCUUUGACAGCUCACAAGCAAGCCAUUGCAAUCAAAGAGGCAGUGCUAGCUGAGAACCAUCCAGCGUUGGCAGCAACCUACAACAACAUUGGCUCGGUUUUAUCGCAGAAGGGUGACUAUAAAAGGGCUUUGGAAUGGUACCUCCGUUCUCUUGCUGUUCUUGAGUCUGUACACGGCAUGAAUCAUCCUGUGGUGGCAACCAGCUAUGACAAUAUCGGUGUUCUGGUGGGGAAGAAGGGUGAUCUCGAAAGUUCACUUUUAAAUCACAAGGCUGCUCUUGCCAUUCGUGAGUCUGUGUUAGGGAAGGAUCAUCCUGAUACUGCGGCCAGCCACUUCAAUAUUGGUUCUGCACUGUAUGCCAAGGGUGACUAUGAAGGUGCUCUACUGAAUCACAAGGCAUGCCUUGCUGUUAGAUUGUCAAAAUUGGGCAAAAAUUAUCCAGAGGUGGCAACCAGCUACAUCAGUAUUGGCGGUGUGCUCAAUGCAAUGGGUGACUAUGAUGUCGGCCCAAUUCCGGCUGAAGGGUCGUGCUUGCUUGCCCCUCUUCCUCGGGAUCCUAGGUGACAAUACAACAUGAUCACAAAGGGUUUCUGGAUAGAGGAUCUGGCUUGAGCAUGGACAGCAAGUCGAGAAAACCAAACCAAUCUACCUACCUAGCUAGCAACCAGGCAAAAGUAACCUCAGAAAGUCACACUGUUUUGCCAUGAUUCUAAUUUUGUUUUGCCAUUCCUUGCGCUACGUUAACCUGUCCCCGGCUCCUAAACCCCGCCAAUGUUGAUUCUCCCAUGUACGUAGUUUCGUGUAUCGAACCUGGACUCUGAUCCUAAUCUUCUUUUUUGUUGCAAAUUUUGUUUGCAGAUUCUGUGGACGUCUCCUUUGCUGAUUUCACUGUUUCUCCAGAAGGAGAGGAACUAACAAUGUAGCCCAAGAGCACCCCAAGGGUUGCUCCCAGAACAACAAGAGAAAGAGAUGGCCCGAACAAGGACUCCAGGAGAAAUAGGGAACCAAACACAAGCAGGAACACAAUCAAGAGCAUGCCUUGGAUAAGCAAACUCUGGCAAUUGCAAAAGUCCGCCAUCGCAAAACCUCCUCUGGCAAAGUGGGCCAGUCCAUCGGCAUCAUUGCUUCUGCAAAACCAUGGGGAGACACCGAUACAAAUCAUCUGAACGGGUGUCAUGGCCAUAUGAGCCACAAAGUGAGAUGACAGGCCUGUGGAAAUGCCGCCUUGCAGCUCCACAUUUGGAGUACUGUGCUGCAACGCAAUGUAGCAAGAUGCCACAAUACCAUCAACGACAAGGGUUCCAUUGAGUGUCAUGGGGGCGUGCAUGCUUGAACGGAAAACCGUCCUGACCUUUGUCACUGUGGCACCAUGAUUGGGAUACAAGGGACUGCGUAGCCGAUCGCCUGGUUGGAUGGAGCUGGCGGGUACCGCAUGGGACAUGGUAACUAAGAACAGCAAGUGGCCUCCCGUGAUUUUGAGUGGCUGAUUGGGAAACGGUAUUCCGUUUCUGCCGCAGAGAUACUGGUGGCACCGUGGGCAAAGGCAUACACGGGCUGAUAGUGCUCUCUUCCAGUGAGGAUGCGAUCGCCGAGUUGCAAUUUGUACAUGAAAGUUGGUCCCUGGUCUUGGACCACAGUUGUGGCAACCUCCGAAAAGCAAGUUGGGGUGGGCGCAUCUGUCGGUGCAUCCGUAGGUGGUGGAGUGGGUGGAUUGUUGGAGGAUCUGUUGGCGGGGCUGAGGGUUGAUAAGAGGGUUGACGAGAGGGUUGAUCGGACGGUUGAUGUGAUGGUUGAAGUGAUGGUUGAAGUGAUGGUUGAAGUGAUGGUUGAAGGGAUGGUUGA